UCUUUCAUAAUUCGAGAGUGCACUGUAUUUCAAAAUUUUCCAUGAGCACUUAAGUUUCAGUCAGCAGUUGUAAAUAGGCAUACAUUUUAUGUAUUCCGUUGUGUCCGUGACACUAAAUUCUAUUAUUUAGUUCAUUAAUUUUUUUUAAAUUCAUUCGUGUUUACCCCUAGGGUGAUGGGGAACGCUGACAGUGUUGUAGCGCAGAAACGACUGGCUCGGUUUCGUCCGGAUGAGAGACCUGUUAUAGAGGGGAUAUUUGACAGGCUUCGUGGAACUGGAUCCUCUGUUUCAUCUGCGAAAACGGGCAGGGUUUUAUCCCUAGAGAUGCUGAAGAUGACAAUGGGAAAGAUGGCCUCAGAAUCAAUGAUAAAGAGAGUAUUCCAGGGCAUGCACAGCAUUGAUCCAGGAGUGCCACUGUCCCCUGGUGAUGGGAUAAUUCACGAGCAGCUGGUGAUUUUCCUGGCAGAUAUUCUUAGAGGAACUGCAGAGGAACGUGCACCUUUGGUCUUGGCAAUGGCAGAGGGUGCAAAGGCUACUGCUACCACAACUGAGCAGAUCAGAGAUUUUAUGGAAGACCUGGUUUCAGCUGCAGUGCAGACUCUAGCCCACAGGGGGCAUCUGCGAGCUUGGCAACCAGAUCGCAUGGGUGAUGAGCCUCAAGGUGUCAAGCUACUGGCAGAACAGUUGACCUCAGAAUUAAAAUCUUCAGAUCAGAAUAUGUGUGACAUUCCUUGUCUGGAAGACUGGCUGUUCCGGAUACCAGCAGUGGCCAUGUUUUUGGAACUCCUGAUUGGUGAGGGUCUAGGAGUUGGGUUGCCCUCCCGUCCUCCCCCAACUCUGUUGCCCCUGUGUCGGUAUGCUCCCUGGAGUGACCUCCGUUGUCUCUUGAAUAUACCUCUUCUGAUGUUCCUGUCACCUCAGCUGCCAGCUGGACACAGUGCCCCCUGGAGGCUUCUGUUCUCCACAAACAUACACGGGGAAAGCUUCACCCGACUGGUGGGCAACUGCAAAAGUAAAGGUCAAACUGUCAUGUUGGUAAAGGACACUAAGGGGCAUAUCUUCGGGGGCUUUGUGUCUCAAAGCUGGGAGGCCAAACCUCAGUUCCAGGGUGAGUUUAGAAAGAAGAAUUAUAAUGCGUACAGUUACGCAUUACAAUUAAUCUUUCUUCUUCUUUUUGCACUAGGUGAUUCCAGGUGCUUCCUCUUCUCUGUUUUUCCCUACAUGAGAGUGUUCACCUGCACAGGCUAUAACGAUCAUUACAUGUACUUGAACCAGGGCCAGCAGACUUUGCCGAAUGGCUUGGGUAUGGGUGGUCAGCAUGGCUAUUUUGGUUUGUGGUUGGACUGCGAUUUUGGACACGGCCACAGUAGGGCUCGACCACUCUGCACCACUUAUGGCAGUCCUCAGCUUUCAGGAGACGAGGACUUCAAAGUGGACACUGUGGAGGUGUGGGGCGUUGGGCAGCCACCUGAAGAACAGGAGCAGGAUGAGAAGAAGAAAAGCAUAUUAGAUGCAGAUCCUGAAGUACAGGCCAUGUUGGAACUGACAGGGAAGACCCUGCACAGCCAAGGGCUCCGAGAACCUGAGGAGGAUGAGGGAUAGUGAGGAACGAAAAAAAGUCAAUGUGUAGAUCAAACCAGCAGUAUUUCUUUUUAGUGUUUGGUUUGGUUUGUGUUUUUACACUAGAAUAGAUAUAGAAGAAACCACACUGUUAUAAACCACUUAUUGAGGUGCGUACACAGUCUAGUUUUUAUGUUAAUAUGCAAAAUCCAGGAGCUGGUUUCCUGCUUUCUGUGAAAUAUUAAAAUGUGCACACAAAGAUAUUCUUAUACUGAAGUCUACAUUUCUCUUCAAAUAUCUGGAUGUUAUAUUGUUGCAUUCUAUCUGAUACAUUUACUGUCUGUAAACUUGAAGAUUAAUUAAUCAAAUGGAAAAUUAAAACAUACUUGUUUGCUUAUGAAUUGUUUCACCCCUCCC